UCCGCUGCAGCAUUAACCUUCGUGCACGUAUUUUUCCGUAACCACUCGCGCUCUAGUAAAUCGUUCUUCUUAAAUUACUAGUGAACGAACCUAAACCUCGACACAGUACUUCCGUCACUACUUUACUGGACUGAAACAUCAUUCGUUACAAUUUCGCGUCCGGCUGAACUCGCCUCGGUGCACGUCGAAGCUUGUCGGCUUAGCUUUGCUUAGCUUAGCUUCGUUUAGCUUGCUAACAAAGAGACGCGUUUGUCAGCAACGCAUCGCCGAGCAGAGAUCGAGUGUGGAAAGUGUGUUAUUAUAGCGUGGAAAUGUGUGCAAGACCGACCGAGAAGAACGCGGAGGAACUUUCUGGAUUCAAAGAGAACGAACGUCAACUGGCGCAUGACGCUGCUUUCAAGCAGCCUCGAGACACGGCAGACCAAAGUGAAAAAUAUCUUCGCCCUGAGCAACAGGAGCCACAGUGCCCUCACAUUAAAGAGGAGGAGGAGGAGGAGCACCCCUUCAUUAAUGAGGAGCCAGUGUCCCCUCACAAUAAAAAGGAGGAAGAGCCCACUCACAUUAAAAAGCAAGAGGAGACAGAAAACUCCCACAUCAAAGUAGAAGAGGAGGAUAACAAGUUGCCAUUGACCUUUGUCACUUUGAAGAAUGAAGAUAAAGGUAAAUGUGAGGAGAACAGAGGGGUGGAGCCUCCAAGCAGCAGCUCAAGUCAACACAUGAAAACAGCAGGCGAUGGAGACCACAGUGGAGGAUCACAAGCACGCGGCCUCCUAGCUCCACUAUCAGAUAGUGACGACAUAACGUCACACUCUCCUGACAGUGAUGACGAUGAUCAUGAUGAUGAACACUCGAAAGGUGAUAUGACAUGUCACACCAACAACAAAUGCUGGGAAUGUUCUCAGUGUGGAAAAACAAUAAGUUCAAAGCGGAAUUUGAAAGUUCACAUGAGAAUACACACUGGAGAAAAACCUUUUGUCUGUUCAGUUUGUGGUAAAAGAUUCACUGAACAAGGCACUUUGACAAAACACGCAAGAACACACUCAGGAGAGAAACCUUUUGUCUGCCCAGUUUGUGGCGAAAGAUUCGCUGUAAAUACUAGUUUAGUAACACACACAAGAACACACACAGGAGAGAAACCUUUCGCCUGCUUGUUUUGUGGCAAAAGAUUCUCGAAAAAGUCAAAUUUAAAAAUGCACACAAGAAUACACACUGGAGAGAAACCAUUUUCCUGCUCAGUAUGUGAUAAAAACUUCUAUGAAAAGGCAAAGUUGACAAAACACACAAGAACACACACUGGGGAGAAACCUUUUACCUGUUCAGUAUGUGGCAAAAACUUCUCUGGAAAGUCAAGUUUAGCAACACACACAAGAACACACACUGGGGAGAAACCUUUUUCCUGCUCAGUAUGUGGCAAAAGAUUCUCGAGAAAGUCCGUUUUAAUCAGGCACACAAGAGCACAUUCUGGAGACAAACCUUUUGCCUGAUCAGUUUGUAGUCUUACAGCACCACCUAUCUUCUUCAUCCAAUGCCGUACUUUUAUCUAUUCCAAAGAGACUCAAUAAUUCUUCCUCCAACAAACAAAGAAAAUAAAUAUGGCCGCUUAUGGCCAUAAGGCAGCUUCAUGAAGCUUUUACAACUGAGUGGAAUAUUAAUGAAGGAGUUUCUAUCCAACAACUCUAAUUGAAAGACAGUGGUCUCUCCCCAAGGCAUCUUAACGACUGUUGGUUUGAAUUCCAAAAGAAUGCUACAAUGCGUGCCUCGAACUUGGAGCAUAAAUAGUUGAGUUUUUCCCCCCCAUACCAAUCGAGGCUGUGGCUGUCCUAACUAAGCCUUGUUGCAUGAACUAAUGAAGCCUGCUUGGAUGAAGGCCAAACGUCUUCUAAGACUACCAGAACAGUUCACUUGUGAUCGAUUCAAUGCCCUGAGAAUGAAAUGGCUAAUUAAUGAGAAUAUUCACAGGCAUAUUUUGGGUCAAAGAUUCUCUCAAAAGGGACAUUUAGAAAAACGCACAAAAACACACAUUGGGGGAAAAAAAAUAUUCAAUCGAGUGGGUGUUCUCUCAAAGAUUUUCCAGUAAUUAUUUUGUUAAACGAUGCAAGUGUGCUGAUGAGAAUAGCCGCAAUCGAAGCUUUAAAAGAAAAAAAUUGACCCAUAUAUAUUGGCCUAAAAAAAAAAAAAAAAGACAACAAAGUCCAUCCAUCCAUCCAUUUCCAGAGCCGCUUCUCCUCACUAGGGUCGUGGGCGUGCUGGAGCCUAUCCCAGCUAUCAUCGGGUAGGAGGCGGGGUACACCCCGAACUGGUUGCCAGCCAAUCGCAGGGCACAUACAAACAAACAACCAUUUGCACUCACAUUCACACCUACGGGCAAUUUAGAGUGUCCAAUUAAUGCAUGUUUUUGGGAUGUGGGAGGAAACCGGAGUGCCCGGAGAAAACCCACGCAGGCAUGGGGAGAACAUGCAAAUUCCACACAGGCGGGGCCGGGGAUUGAACCCAGGUCCUCAGAACUGUGAGGCUGACGCUCAAACCAGUCUUCCACCGUGCCGCCGACAACAAAGUCAUUUCCAAUAAUAUCUAACCAUUUUGAAGCAACUGAUAAAUAAUAGCCCUGGGAAUGCCCCUUUUACAUCGCCAAAAUCAAUAUGUCGCCAUAUCUUGGUGUCCUGCGAUGGAACUGGAGACCAAAUUCGCUGCAUAGCCGCUGUGUACAAAGGAAUGUACUAUACUAGAAAGUGGGAGUGUUUACUCAUAUUUUAUGUAUCGUUGCUGUCAGGCGGAAUCCACCCACCUCUGAAAUGACAAUUUUUCAAGAAAUAAACAAAAAUAUAAUAAUUCAUGCCCUGCCAUUGGCUGGCGACCAGUUCAGGGUGUACCCCACCUCUCGCCCGAAGAUAGGUGGGAUAGUCUGCAGUAUGCCCGCGACCCUAGUGAAUGGAAAAAAAGGAAGGAAGGAAGGAAUAGGAAGGAAUAAUAACGACAUCUUGCUUGAGUUUCCAAACACUGCUUGGUUCUCUUUGGUAUCCAUGUUUGAGGACAGCACUGGAAUUGGCAUCUUUCUGGAGUCGAUUUCCCUCUACUGUCCUUCUGAACUAGAGUUAGCCGCCACAGUGGACAGUUGUGAUGGAAAACCACACCGUCAAACCUGAACUGGAAAACUGAAAUCUGUUAGGACUGAUUCAUAAUACCAACCGGGAUGAUUUAUUUGUGGACUGAGUAUUAUUGCAUGGGACUAGAAAAAAACAAUAAAAGAGAAAAGAUUCCUUCCUGGGUUGUUAUUUGAAUCAACAAUUCAAGGAGUUGAAUUGUCAUACCAACACACAUUUAAACAUGAUAUGGCAUGAAAUAAGAGCCCCUGCAUCCCAGUUUAGCGCACACAGUCUAAAAACCUGUGAAAUAAGGAGUACGAAAAUUUGACCAAAUAAAACAAAGAUUUUAAAAAUUAUAAAAAUACAUAUUUAUAGUUAUGUGUGCAAAGGUGCAAAUGCAACAAAUAUGUGGGUGCAGCAGAGAUAAAAAUGCCAGAGGCUUGAAUUCCAAAUAAUUACUGUACUUGAACGCAAUAGUGUUCAUCGUGCAGGGUUGACUCGGCCCGGGGUGGGGGGCUGAUGUUCGGGCUACAGAGCACUGUGCGAGUUUGACAGGCUGUAACAGCUUCCAGAAAGAAGCUGUUCCUCAGCCAGGUAGUCCUGCACCAGAGUGUCCAUAGCCUCCUGCCUGACGGGAGACAUUUGAAAAGUGUGUGUCUUUUAGUGCUCUUUGAUGAUGCAGAGUGCCUUUCUUCUGUAUGUGUCGGUGAAUAUGUCUAUAGUGGUGGGAAGGCUGUUCCCCACAAUCUCCUUUCUAGUUCCUUCCUCAAAGCAGCUGAGCAGCUCCUGUGGCGUACUGUGAUGCUGGUGUUAGGAUGCGCUCCACCUUACAUCUGUAGAAGCUUCUCCAGACAUCGCUCCCCACUCUGGCAUGUCACAGCUUCUGGAUGAAGUACAGAGGUUUGUGUGCCCUCUUUGAGCACACUGGAAGUGUUUUGGCACCAUAUGAUGUCCUUGGAAAGGUAGACUCCUAGGUGCUUGUAGCUGGAGACCACUUCUAUGACCCCUGCAUGAAGUGCAGAGGGGUCAGGAGUGUCUGUCCCUCCUGAAGUCCAGCACCAUCUCCUUGAUCUUCUGCACAUUGAUGCAAAGAUUAUCUUUGCACCAGUCCACCAGGUCUAGUUCUACCGCCUCUGUACUUGGACUCAUCAUUGUAAUAUGUAUAUUUAAUUUGUAUUUUUGGGGUUUCUCUCUUUUAAUUGAUGUUUUUCUGUUUUAUCAGUGGUACAAAAGGUGUUAUUCAAGUGGGCUGAUAGGUUUGUUCACUGAGCCUGCUUUGAGGUUAAAAAAUUAAGAUCAACUUACAAAAAUAGACAACAAUUAGGAAGUAAAUAGAUAAGUAGAUAAAUAGAUAUUAAAUACAUGUAGCGUAUAUUGGGUUUGGAUAAAAGCUUAAGUAAUUUGGGAAGAGGAGAGUCGGUGGUUAGACGCCUGCGUUUUCCGGCGUGAUCCAGCGCACUUUAAAAGGUUGUCUUUGUAGUGUAUUCAAUUAAAUACAGGUUGAACAUAAUUUGCAAAUAAUUGUCUGUUAUCUGUAAUCUGUUUUUAUUUAUGUUCUGGUCAUAUAUAUAUAUAUCCAUCCAUCCAUUUUCAACACCGCUUAUCCUGGUUAGGGUCGCGGGACGCUGGAGCCUAUCCCAGCUGACUUCGGGCGAAAGGCGGACUACACCCUGAACUGGUCGCCAGUCACUCGUAGGGCACAUAUAGACACGGACAACCAUUCGCACUCACAUUCACAACGUCACUCAGUGGGAACUGAACCCACGCUGCCUGCACCAAAGUCAGGCAAGUGUACCACUACACCAUCAGCGACUUACACACACACGCACACACGUAUAUAUCCAUCCA